CUCUCCGUUCGCAACUACCCGCAUCGAUUCUUUCCGAAACUGUACCAGGAAGUUGUGAACUUCUUCACGAUUGGAGCCCUCGCAGAUGCAGCUGACUUCCUUUCCACUUGCACCGCGUAUUUCGGAGAUGCCACUUUUGCGGAGGCCUACUUAAGGCCUCACUCGUACUCCUUCUUGUAGCACAUGCUUGCAUGUGAUCCCGUAAAAAUCUUGAUGUCACUUGUCACAUAAUCCAUCUUGUUUUACUUUUAGCCCAUUUGUAAGGAGGUGUAGAAGUUUUCAAGAAGAAAAAGAACGAAAGCAGACCACGAGUUGUGAAUUGAUGGACUUCUGUAGUGAGUUCUAACCUACGCACGAACGGGAAGGAACGUGUCGAUCUGGAUCUCUUCCAAUUUCUCGAAAGAACUCCCCAGAUGCGUGAUGCUGAAUCACAUCACCAUUAAGGCUCCUGUACAUAUUAUAAAUACACAUACGCCAAUAAGGAAAUGCUGAGGAUAACCAUAUCCAAGACUUACCUUGAUCCUAGGCCGAAGAGGGUUACCAUCGCCAUCAAGGUUUAGGAUCGAAUUUUUCUAGUACCACUAAGGGUCGUUAGGUGGGUCAUUCCUUUUCACCAAGGGUCAGGAUGUGUCUAAUACCACUCCACGUGUUGUGUUACCAUUGCCUCUUCGAAUUUUUGUGUCUAAUACCACUCCACGGGUUAAUAACAUUGCCUCUUCGAAUUGUUGUGUCUAAUACCACCCCACGGGUUACGAUUGCCUCAGCAAUCGCGACGAGCUGCGCUGCGCCAGGAAUCAUGCAUCCGCGAGGCUUGGUCGAGAAGAAGCAGCGUUCAAGCGGGCCUCCGAUUUUGAGUCCGUUUCACGCUUUGGGGCAGAGGUUUUGGGACGGAAGUAUAAUUAUGCUGGGUGUAGGGGAGCGUUCAUCUUGAAUAAAGAAGUUGUCAUCUAGAAGAACAAGACUACAAGAAGAACAAGACUACAAAAAGAAUAUUACUACCAUGAGAAGUACAAGGUACUUCUCGCCAGAUGAUAUUUUUACCUUAUUUAAGAUGAAUUUCAAUUUCCUACGCCUGUGUCUAAGAUAACAGCAGAAGUCCCGAAGGAGUAUCUGCGAAGCAGUUUUGGUUGCACACAGUUUAUAGUCUCGCAAGUGAACCCGCACAUCACACCUGUUCUGCAGUUACAGAAACAAUGUGAAGAUUACGAUCUUCUCAAUAACAGCAACAUAGCGCCCUCUUCGUCUUCAUCAGGGACGAACAGCGACAGAAGACGGAGCACCUUGGUCUCGUCUUUAGCAUCCAAUAACAUUAGCAAUACUUCUUCUAGACAAGAAGAGCCUGCUGGAGAAGAACAUCGACAUGAAGAUCUACUUAGGGGGGAAUCAGAACUACGAAGGAGACGUGGCCCUUCAUCAUCACGUUUAGCUGCUUCAGCUGCAUCACGACCACGACCGACAACUACAUUUAAAGCAGGAGAAGCCUUUUUACGUGAGAAAAAGCUGGAGGAAACCAAAGACGCGGACAAUCUAUCGCCAAAGCAACAGGAGUACAAGAACACAGUUCUUGGCGGAGAUCAUACUAGUGGUAGUUCUAACAACACAUCAACAAUUGGAGAUCGUACCAGGAGUAGUAUAAGUACUACCUCUAGUAAGAACAAGACUAAAGAAAAAGCCAGCACAGUAGAUUCAAAUACAACUGGAGAACUACAAAAGCGAAGAGGCGUUUGUGGCUUCUGCUGGAAUCACUGCAGGCGACGUAUGUAUUCCCACUACCUGCGGACACAGCGGAUUCAAGUGGCGGUCUUCUCAGAUUUACAAGAAAGAACAGGCGUGCUCGCAGAAAACAACCUCGUUCCAAGCUUUACGGAUCUAUUCAAAGGUUUAAAAAAGCGAUCUGAUAAACGAAGAUACAACAGAUUAAAUCUAGAAAGUGUCAUAAGCAGAUGAAUUGCAAUGGCAAUCGCUCAAGUAGAUGAAGAACGAACAACUGCUCAGUCUGUUGCCGUCGUCGCUAGAAACUUCAUCUCACAGAAGAUGAAUUCCAAUUCCCUUCACUUCCGUUUAACACCGUUGUUCAUGAUUCCUGUGUGCUCAUAUGGAUGAUAGAUUUGGAGCAAGCAUUCGUACCUCAUCGCUCGCAGGUCGUGGAGCUGCGCGUUGGUUUCCUAUAAUUAGUCUCAACAGUCUCAGUCUAGUCUCUAUAAUUUCUCAUUUUUACCACUACCGUCGGUCGCAGGAUAAACUUGAUGGUUCUAACUCCUUUUUCGGUCGCCAUGUUCGGGGUAUGGUUGCUGCCGGGAGACAGCGAUGGAGCGAGACAGGGGAAGGGAUAACAAUCUUUCCGCUACCUGAGGACGCCAUAGGAUUCGCUGCUUCCGUGAAAGAGGCAGUCACGAACCCUGACAUCGAAGAUCUAUGAUGGCACUGAUUGAGAACGAAGAGCAAGGGCCGCAGGGAGUCAUUGUCAAUGUCUUCCACGGUGGGGAAGUACGGAAUGUCUACUUCCCCAUGGAGUUGAAGUGGGGAGCGCGGAAACGGAAUGUCUUCCACGGUGGGGAAGUACGGAAUGUCUUCCCCAAGAAGGGGGAAGCAGAAUAAAUAAGAUCAGGGGAGGACUAUGUAUUUAAUGAUCUACUUCCCUUGUGGUCUCUAUAAUUGGCUCAAUCAGUGGCAUCAUUCAGAAGAUAUGGAGAGGUACUACAGAAUCGGAGACCGCAUGGCCAGGCAUCGAACUACAGAUCUCAAGAGACUGCUGGAAGCGGAAUACAGUUUGGCACGGGCAAUGAGCAGAUUGAGCUCAUUGUAGAAGUUCUCUCGAUGUUGAGCAGAUUGAGCUCAUUGUAGAAAAUUCGAUGGCGCGGGCAAUGAAGAGCAGGGUGCGGUCAUUGUAGAAAAUUUGAUGGCACGGGCAAUGAAGAGCAGGGAGGUGCGGUCAUUGUAGAAAAUUCGAUGGCACGGGCAAUGAAGAGCAGGGUGCUGUCAUUGUAGAAAAUUUGAUGGGACGGGCAAUGGUGAGCAUUGACGUUGAUGAGCUCGCUGUAGAAGUUGAGGAAGUACUAGGAUAUGAGGAUGAUUUAGGGCCAUCGGUAGUGUCAGGAUUAUAGACAUCAGGUGAACCAGAUGAACCAAGUUCAUUCAGCACAAAUUUUUCCAGUUUUUUUACUAUCUACGUACAAACCUGGGUCUAAUAUUUUCUGUAGCCACCUUGUUCUUGUAUAUUACUUGUACUUGAUGAUGCUGGUACUUCUCUUGUUUUUUUGAUCAACACUUUGGUUUCUUUCCUAGGUAACUAGGUCCGGCGACAAUCUGCAAAGCCCAAAUACUUCAAGAACAGGGCAAGUGUUUGAUGUGCAUUCUUCAAGAAUCGUGCUUGGUGGUGGUGGCCUACCAUGUCACGAAGAUGUUCCUGAGAUUGAUGAAGAAACUCAAUCAAGGACGAGGUAUCCGCAGGACAUGUUCUGCUUGUUGUAGCGUCAUCGUGGC